AUGAAGUUGCAUUAUAUCGGAAUAAUCAAGAACUCAGAGACCCCCUCACACGAGCUCUGCUGCGUGAAAGAGUUGAGCGCAUACGGGCGAUUUACUAGAAACAGUUAUGGCGAAUUCAUGACGGUUUUCAGUAAGACCGUCGCUGAACGAACAAAGCCUGGCCAGAGACAAGACAUUGAACAAGAUAGUAACACAUUUCACGCCUAUGGACGUUCCGAAGGUGUCUGUGGUAUAAUAAUUUCCGACCACGAAUACCCAGCUCUCGUUGCCCAUCAACUUCUCUCCAAAGUCGUCGACGAGUUUCUAAAUGCACACCCUCGAUCAGAAUGGGCCGAUUCAAACCCAACCCUCUCAUUCCCUGAAUUAAACGACUAUAUUGUGAAAUACCAAGACCCGCAACAGGCAGAUAGCAUCAUGAAGAUCCAAAAGGAAUUGGAUGAGACGAAAAUUGUGUUGCACAAGACUAUUGAGAGUGUAUUAGAGAGAGGCGAGAAGAUUGAUACAUUGGUGGCGAAGAGUGAUGGCUUGAGUGCGCAGAGCAAGAUGUUCUAUACACAAGCAAAGAAGCAGAACUCAUGCUGCGUGGCUAUGUAG